AUCCAUACAACUUCAUCAUCAACAAUCCCCAUUAAACCCUAAAACAAACAACCCUUCACAAUGUCUCAAACUGAAACUCUUGUUCUUGAACAACAAGAGACUCAAACACAAACCCUCACCCUCAAGUUCAACGACUCUGCAUCCACUUCAAACCCUGAUCAAACCCCCACCGCCGAUCCCAAAACCCCAAACCUAGGUGAUUCAACAUCAUCGUCCGAACCAAGACCCGAACAAACCACCACAGCCAAUGUUGCGGUCCCCAUCCCUGACGUGGGACCGCAACUUCGAGCUGUGGUGGAAGAAUUUAUUCUAAAAAUUGGUUCGGACGAUGAGGAAGUGCGUACAGCCGCGAGGAAUGAUCUGAGAGAUUUUAUUGAGCGCGAAGAUAUAGCGAUCGCGACGUUGCUGGUAAUGGCUAAGUAUGCUUAUGAGGUUAAGAAUACUGAUUUGUCGGAUGUUUUUUGUCAAAGGGUUGCGGAUUUGAUCAAGGACAAGAAGGUGGUGGAGGUUAGAGAGAUUUUUGGUAUAGUUAAUGAUUUUACACCGGAGGAAGAAGAGGCUGUUCGUGAUGAGCAUCCUUGGGCUUAUGAAGAUUAGGGUUUUGGUUUAAUGUUGGUGGUUUAUUGUUUAUUAUGAUUAUGAUUAAUAUUAUGAAAAUAUUAGGGUUUAUAUGUUUUUUUGGUUUAAACUCUAUAUA